GCAUGCUGAGAACACAGGUUUAUGCCAGCCAAAGUCCUUCUCAAAGACAUUUCAAUAGGAUGGAGAAUAUACCUGAAUAUAAUAUGAAAGCGUUUCGUGCACGCGCACUUUCAUUGUAGUCGCGUCAGGUGCUGAUUGAAGGGAGCGCGCGCUGUUGGCGCAAGGUGUGGCGAGUGGACAAAUGUGUCCUUUCUCCAAUGAACCGAGGACAAUUCAAUCAGCGUUUCUAAAGCCGCGGACGAAGGGACAAUACUGCCCCAGAUGAUGCGGACGGACAAUAAAGGCCGGAGCGCCUCCCCCCACAGGAACGCCUACAAGUCUGACUUCCACACCAUCAAAUGCUCCUUGGACGCAGCGACCAGGCCUAGACCUUCUUCCCUGGGUGCCUCAAUCCCUUCACCUGGCUCCAUGGCAGUCCCUCACACCAGGACUAGCAGUGGAGGUAACCCUGGUGAAGGUACCAGGGGUGGGGCCCUCAGCCCUAGAGGAACUAAGAUCAAAGACAACAUCUUCUUCCAGAUGGACAGCCAACAGCACCUCCUCUACCCCUUAUCUGAGGCCCUGCCCAAACACCCACUCAGCUCCAACUCUGUCCGGAGCAGUGUGGCCAGCAUGUCCAGUGUAGAAUUGUCUAUGCUAGAUAAACAGUCUAAGGCAGAGGAGAUAGCAGAGAUAGACAGAGCUGCUCUAGCCCAGAAGUUCUCAGUGACCCGGAAGCUCUUUGAGACGGUCAUUGGGGGUCAAAGUUUAAAUGUCAGCCCUGGCAGAGAUGGCAGGAGGUUGGUGGAGAGUGGGGAGGAAAGGGGGAUUGGGAGUGCAAGGAGCAGGUUAGACAGGGAGCAGCUGACAUCCAUGUCAGAAAGUGAAGGAGAGGGGGAGAGAAGGAAAGAACUCAUGCACAUACACAUUUCACUACCCAACAUAGAACUCCAUACAGCCACCAGUUUGCCUACACCCCUUCACCCUGUUAAUGGUCACAACAGUGAGACAUUUUCCCCUGACGGUAGAAGUCCUACAACUGACCCCUCAGACCGCAGGAGUGUGUACGGUCGAAGUGUGUUAGAUGGGAGUGUGUGUGAGAACUUUGUGUUCUCCCAUGUAUCCAACCUUUCUAGCCCAGCACCCACCUCCCCCCACUCUCAGCCUCCAUCCCCUUCUUCCAACUCCCCCAGUCCUCUCACCCCAGUCUCCCCUUGUUCUGACCAGACUGACCUCUAUAGCCCUAGUAGUCCUAAUGCUGACCCCCUGGACAACAGGAGUUUGUCUGAGGGGAACCACCCUAAUGACCUUUACAUGACCCCUGAUGUCCCUUUGACCCCCAAAGAGGGGUCAGGGGCUGGAACUGUAAGGGCGGAGCUAGUGGAGGUGAAGAACGAGUCGUCUGAGAGCGACGGUAACGAAGGAGAGGAGGAAGGCAAGAGGGAGGAGGGCAAUGAGAAUAACCUGGUGGAUGAUGUGUUUGAAGAAUCCAGAGUGGAACCUAGAAUAGUUGAACCUACAUCAGCACAAAGAACAGUAGAACCUAGAAUGGUGGAAAAGAGAACGGUUGAACCUCCAGUAGAACCCAGAAUGGUAGAGUGUGUGGAGGGAUUCCCUGACAGUCUUGAAGUGACGGAACAGGAAAGUGAAUCAGAAAGAGACAUGAAACAGCAGGAGACAGAACAGAGGGAAGAUCGAAUGGAGGGAGAAAACAGACUGAUCAGCCAAGAAAUAGAGCAGCACAGAGAAGAGGGGACAACUGGAGACGGUGAGAAAGUGGAGGUAGAGGUGAAAGGAGAUGAGGCAGGAGAGCAGGAGGAAAGGGAACUUGAGGAGAGAGAAACCAUGUGCAGUGACAGCAAAGAAAAGAUGAGGGAGGAGGUGAGCGAGGGAGAGGAGGAAGCGAAAGAGAAGGCCGGAUUGGAAGAUGGAGGGAUUGACUUCAGGGAAGAAGAGGAAAGAAAGUGCAGAGGGAGAGUGGAAGUGAAGGAAGAGCAGGAGAGGGAGUGCACUGAGAGAGGAGAUGAGGAGAAUGGAUUUGCUGCCAUCCUUGGAAUUGAGAAUGAGGCCUUUAUGGAGGAUGGGGAACUGAACUCUGAGUGUCAUGAUGAUUUGGAAUGGCACAGAAAGGACUGGGAGCAGCUUUUUAUGGAAUAUGAGGAGAUUCCCAGUCUUCCCCAUGAAGAUGACGAUGAUGUGGAUUCUGCUAAGAGGAGGAAGAUUAAGUUCUCUGCAGCACCAAUCAAGGUGUUCCUGACCUACUCAAAUGCAGACUAUGACCGGCGUAAUGAUGAUGUUGACCCUGUGUCUGCCUCUGCUGAGUAUGAACUGGAGAAGAGAGUGGACAAGAUGGAUGUCUUCCCUGUCCAGAUAAAGAAAGGAGUGGAGGGCCUGGGUAUCAGUAUAAUAGGGAUGGGGGUAGGGGCUGACCAGGGGCUGGAGAAGUUGGGGAUCUUCGUUAAGACCAUCACUGAGAACGGAGCUACACAACAGGACGGACGUAUCCAGGUGAAUGACCAGAUAGUGGAGGUGGAUGGGGUCAGUCUGGUCGGAGUCACACAGCUGUUUGCUGCCACCGUGCUAAAGAACACCAUUGGCACUGUCAGGUUUUUUAUUGGACGGGAGAAGCAGGGAGAGGAGAGUGAGGUGGCCCGUCUAAUCAAUGAAAGUCUGGAGCAGGACAAGACACCGUCUACGGUAGAGGUGUUAAAUGAUGGUGUUGUUGGGCUGAGCUCAGUGGAAGAGACUGUAGAAGUCCUCCGUACAGAUGAUGAAGAGGAUGACGAAGAGAAAGAAAUCACCAGCUGCAUCAGAUGCCAACAGCUCCAGUUAAAAGUCAGGACCAAAUCAGACCAGCUCUGCCUAGUGCGGGAGAAGCUGUGGGGGUGUGAGGAGCAGCAGGCCUUGUGGGAGAGUCAUCAGGCUGAGCUGAAUGAGCGUGUCCAGGAUGGAGAGGAGAAGGCUGACAAACUAGAGAAGUACUGGCAGGAGGCCCAGGCUCUGUGCAGGAUUGUGAACCAGCGAUUGGCUGACACCCAGAGCCAAUUAGACAGCCUGGAGGUGAAAUACAGCAAGGCCAAGAGACUGCUGAGGGAAUUCCAACACAGGGAGAAGGAGAGCGAGGGGAGAGAGGAGGAGCUGCAGAGAGAGAUGGAGGAGAGCGAGAGGAUACAUGGAGAGACUGUGGAGAGACUCCAGAGACGGAUAGGGCUACUGGAGAGAGGGGAGAUGGCCCCUGAGAGUGACAACCAAUCACUGGAUACCUCAUUUAUCUCAAGUGCAGACUGGAGCAUUGCGGUGCCUGUGACAGAUCUGUUAGACACCAGCGCUCACAGGGCCAGAGCACAGCUCGCCCAAAAAGCCAAGAGACACCCUCCCUCACGAGACAAACUCAGAGAGUCCUUCAGACAACAGGCGGUCAUCGUGUCCACUCCAGUACAUCCUCUCUGUCUGCCCUCACCUCCAAGCCCCACCCCCUUUCUCCUCACCCCCCAGCCAGGCCAGUCCCCCCCUAAAGAGGACAAGUCAUCUACCACAUGCAAAUCAAAGAGGAGAUUCCCUGACUUCAGCGGCCUCCGCAAGUCUCUGAGAAGAGGGAGGAAGUGUGAGGAGAAGAAGAACAAGGAAAGGCCCCUGGACCACAGGGGUUUAUGUGUUAACCUGAUAGAUGCCCCCAGCGGUGGUGUCUUUCCCUCUGUCUCCUCCGUGCCCUCCUGCCUACCCUUCUCCUGGUUCGGAGAGCGAGGGAGGGAGAAGGAGAGAGGGAAGCUUAGGUCUGUCUCCAGCAGCAGUCUACCGUACAUGACCACCGGAGGCAGUAGAGACUGCCAGAGAGUGAAUGUAGGAGACUCUGGUAGUCCCAGCUCUGCUCUCCUAUCAGGGAUGCUGUCAGAUCUGUCUCUCUCUGCACACUCUCAAACUCCCACCUUCUCAUCAGAGAACCUGGAUGAGGACUCUGUCCCAGUUGGUAACGAUUACCAAUGGCAAAGCCGACCCCUGGACCAAUGGACUAAUCAGCAAGUCUGUCUGUGGUUGAUUGGCAUGAGCAUGGACCAAUACGCGGCCCAGUUCACAGCCAAUGGUGUGGAUGGGCUGCAACUUCUCAGUCUGGACAACAACAAACUCAAGGCUCUGGGUGUGUGCAGUCACAGUGACCGUGCUGCUCUGAAGAGAAGGCUGAAGGAGAUGAGGAAGACUCUGGAGAGAGAGGAAAAGGAGAGAGCGAAGGGAAAGGAGGAGAGGGAACAUGAGAAGAGAAUGAAGGAGGAGAAGGAGAGAAAGGAGGCCAGGCAUAGUGGUAAAAAGGUCCGAAACGAGUCCCUCUGCUAAAGUCUGGACCCUGACCUCUAACCCCUAAACCUGGAAAUGAUCUUCAAUCACAACUUUUUGUCUAAGUCCUACUCCUAUUAGGUUAAUCUCAUGCAUUCCAGCCAUUAGACAAUCAGCUAUAGUCUCUCUCUUAUAAACUCUCUACCAGCACAAACAUCAGUCUCACUGUUAGUCUUCACUGUGACGAGUGAAAUACACUUUUUAUCUGUUUUGUAACAGUAUUUAUGUACAGAUGUUUCUAUAUGAAUGUUGUACAAUUGAUUGCAAUGAAGCACUCAAAUAUUUUAAGCUGGGAAUAUUUUACAUUCAUUAAUAAAUAAUGUUUUAAACGUA